GUGGUGACGCCCGAACGCGACGAGAAGCAGUACAGAAGAUGCCGCCUGAGCAAUGGUUUGGAAGUGUUGCUGAUUUCAGACGCGACGCUGUGCGGCGCGGACGACGACGGCGCCGGCGCGGGCGCGAGCGAGGACGAUGGUUCGGCCAGCGAGGAUGCGUCGGGGAUGGAUCACGACGAAGACACGGAUGGGGAGGAGGAGGAGGGUGAUGACGAUUCCGACGACGGCGGCGGCUCGAGCGGCGGCGGAAUGAAACUGGCGGCGUGUUCGAUCGCGUUCGACGUCGGCUACUUCGCGGAUACGGACGAGUGCGAUGGGUUGUCGCACUUUCUCGAACACAUGGUGUUUAUGGGAAGCGAAAAGUACCCGGGGGAGAAUUUCUUCGGCGAGUGGUUGAACGAGCACUGGGGCUCGGACAACGCGUCGACGGAUAGCGAGAAUACGAUUUUUUAUUUCGAAUGCAAUCCGAAGAAUCUACGAGAGGCGCUGGAGAUAUUCAGUGGGUUCUUUGUCAAUCCGUUGGUGAAGCUGGACAGCGUCGAUCGCGAGGUGACGGCGGUGGAGAGCGAGUUCGAGCGCGUGGUGAAUAACGAUACGGUGCGCGCCGAGUUGUUGUUAUCGUCGCUGGCGGCGAAAGGGCACCCAUACACGAAAUUUGGAUGGGGUAACCGCGCGUCGUUGACACAAAGCCCGCCGUAUAAGGAAGGUCGCAUGCGUGACGUGUUGUUGGAGCACUGGAGAAGGCAUUAUCACGCCAAGCGCAUGUCAAUUGCGCUCGUCGGGGCGGAGGAUUUGGACGAACUUGAGAGUUGGAUCGUAGAGAUUUUCGGUGACAUGCGCGACGACGGGGACGAAGUGAUUGAUUUAAACAUCGCGCAUUCUUCACCGUAUGCGAACGCGGUACCCAUCCGCGUGUUAACGGCGCAAGUGAAGGAUGGUCAACACGUUUCUAUCACGCACGAACUCCCGGCUUGGACGCAAAAGAAUUACAAGCACAAGUCGGCGACUUACAUGGAGACCUUGAUCGGACACGAAGGACACGGUUCUUUGUUUGCUGAGCUGAAGCGUCGAGGAUGGGCGAGCGAUUUGCGUUCGGGUGUGGGCGCAGGUGGGAUUGAUUCGUCUACCGCCGGCGCGCUCUUUGGCACUACGAUCAAGCUCACGGAUGAUGGUUUGACUCACGUCGACGAUGUCAUCGGGCUGUUUUUCGCGUACGUCAAUAUGCUUCGCGCCAAAGGCCCGCAGGAGUGGUUUUGGAAUGAAAUCAAGCAAUUGGCUGAUAUUGACUUUAGAUUUCGCGAACCCGAAGACGCGAGCGAGUACUCUGAACGUUUGGUGGCAGAUAUUCGAAAGUACGCCCCCGAAGACAUCUUGCGCGGAGCGGAUUUAUUUGAAACGUACAAGCCCGAAGAAAUUCGAGAAAUUAUUGAUUUGAUGACGCCUCAAAAGGCCAUCAUCGUCGUGCAAAAUCAUGCGUGGAACGGCGAAGGCGAGAACGUUGAGCACGAGCGAUGGAUUAACUUUCCAUACAAAAAGGAGGCUUUAGAUUCGGCGCUGUUGGAGACUUGGGCAAACGCAGACGCGGGCGAGCGCUUACAUUAUCCAUCACCGAACCCAUACAUUGCGAGUGAUUUCAGGUUACGAUCACCGGCGAGCGAACACAAAGACGCGUUGUUUUCACCCACGAUCGUGCACGAUUGCAAAGUCAGUCGCAUCUGGCAUCGUCUUGAUGACCGAUUCAACCAGCCACGGUCGUGCAUGUACUUUCAAGUAUCGCUGCCGCACGUACCUGAGGGUGCAUUCGGUAUGAUGUUGAUCCAGCUUUUCGUCGCCAUGGUGGAAGAUUGCGUGAACGAGUCCGUGUAUUACCCUGCGCAUCUUGCUGGAAUGGAAGUCGACAUCGGCGCGUCGGCUUCUUAUUCUGGUUUCGUGCUCUCACUCGAAGGUUUGAGCGACAAGCUCGGCGAGGUCGCGUUGUCGUAUUUCAAAACGAUGACUUCGUUAAAGAUCGACGCUGAUCGAUUCGAAAAGCGCAAAGAAGAAAGAUUGCGAGACGUCCAUAAUCUGUGCUUGAAUCCCGCUAGGCACGCAAAGCGCGCGCUCGAGGUAUUGCUCAAGCAAAAGGACGCGACGCAAGAGGACAAAGCAAAUGCACUCCAGGAGAUGACCGCAGCGGAUUUGCAAGCGUUUGCGGAUGGAAUUUGGCAGCAUGCGCACGUCGAAAGUCUGAUGAUUGGCAACUUGACAAAGGAUGAAGCCUGCGACGUCGGCGAACGCAUUCGCGCAUGCCUUCCAGGCGCGCCGAUUCCUGAUAACAGCUGGCCGGAAACUCGCAUCGCGCGCGUACCUCAGGGUGCGCACUUGUUUAGCAUCAAGGCAAUCAACGCUGACGAGACGAAUAACGUGGUGCUGUACUAUUUUCAGCUCGGUGAGAGCACGUGGCGAGGUCGGGCGUUCAUCAUUUUGAUGCAAUCGCUCAUGCACGAAAAACUCUUCGACCAGCUCAGAACGAAGGAGACUCUCGGCUAUAGCGUGAGCUGCUCGUUUGACUCGACGCAUGAAAUCUUGGGUUAUCGAGUUUCCGUCGAGUCCGCGUUCCACCCGCCGCAUUUCGUUUCGAGUCGCAUGGCAGCCUUCUUGCGAUCAUUUCCCGAGAUCCUUGACAACAUGGAUGACGCUUCUUAUGAAAAGACUCGCCAAAGCGUCGUCGAUGAUAUAUUGGCAGACGAUGUCAACUUACGCGAAGAAGCCAUACGACACUGGGCGCAUCUCGUGAAUCAAAAGUACCAGUUUCAUCGCGGUCGUCAUGUGGCGCAAAUAAUCUCCGAAAUCUCAAAGCGAGAGGCGGCAGAUUGGUGCCGAGAGUUCAUUCAGCCAUUCGCACCUGGAAGUAGACACGUGAGCGUGCACAUU